GCUUUCGCACUGAAUAUUGCAGAUAAACAAAAGCAAGCAUAAGAUAUUUCACUUCUCACACACAUAUAUUGCGUUCACGAGAGAGAGAUUAAUAAGAAUAAGAUGGGUAGGUGGUUCACAAAUGCAAAGCCGUAUCUGAUGUUAUUAGCAGUUCAAUUUGGCUCAGCUGGGAUGUUCAUACUUGCCAUGGAUGCUAUAAAGAAGGGUAUGAGCCAUUACGUGUUCAUCGUCUACCGUAAUGCCAUCGCUUCUAUGACUCUCGCUCCAUUCGCAUUUGUUCUUGAAAGGAAAGUUAGGUCCAAGAUGACAGUCCGGAUAUUUUCUGAGAUUAUGGCGCUAGCUUUCUUCGAGUAAUGAUUGUCUUAUCCUUAUUAUAAGUCAAAAUUAAUAUGAAAUUCAAAUUCAAGUUUGUUAUUACGUAUUUAGUGCAAUUCCUUUUGGUAGAUAUAGUUAUAUUAAAUUAAUGGUCUUACAUACAGAAUAAGUGAUCUCAUUAAUAUAGUAAUAUGGUUGAGGACAUAUAUGUCAUGAAAGGAUAAUUGUAUAUGGUUGAGGACAUAUAUGUCAUGAAAGGAUAAUUGUAUAUAAUUUGAUGAGGGACCAAAUUAUAAUUAUGAAAUGUGGGAUAAUGUAUGGCAGUUACCGGUUUAAA